CUUUUGAAAAGGACUUGCUAGACAAAGCCAGCUUCUGUCUUUUUGUAUCAAGAACCUUACAUUAUAGAAGCAUGGCUCUUAAGCUUCAAUCUUGUUUGUCAGUUCUGAGCUGAGCAUCAAUCCUGAACCAUACACCUUGGAUUUUGUAUUGUCAUCGUUCUCUGCAAUGUAUUUUUUAAAUCUAGUUCAAUCCUCCUGCCUCCCCAGCUUUGGUAGAUCCCUUCUUUUGAUUUUUUGCAGUUGAUAGUCUGAAGCUGUUAUCUUCUGCUAUGCCAAGAAAAGAAGAAAACAACUGAGAGUUAGCAGCAUGGUGAAAUAAGGAGAAGGGAAAGGUUUCUUAUUUGCAGCUCCUGUAACCAAAAGUGAAGAUUAUGAGAGUUGGAUUUGUGCAGCUGGGUCAUCCUUUCCCUCUGCUCCUUCUCUACAAACAAACAAUCGGCAUCUCUUUCAGUUUACCUCCUAUUUACCAAAGACGGCAGCCUCCCAGGAGAAGACAAGAUCACAAACGGUAUCAUCAAGUCCCAGAGGAUGCAGAAAUCGAGGAUUAACCCAGGCUCAGGUUUGAAAGUAUAAGCGGCAGGUGACAACUUGUCUCUGAGAUGGAAGUGCCAAAUAUCAAAGACUUCCAGUGGAAAACUCUGGCUCCUUUGUCCAGCCCAAGGGUUUAUUGCUCCCUUGUGGAGGCUGGUGGGCAGGUCUUUGCUAUUGGGGGUUGUGACGACAAUGGAACUCCCAUGGACUGUUUUGAGGUCUACUCACCUGAAGCUGACCAGUGGAAUUCUCUUCCCCCAAUGCCUACAGCCAGGGCUGGAGUUGCUGUUGCUACUUUGGGCAAGAGGAUAAUGGUGAUUGGAGGAGUUGGAGCUAACCAGACGCCCUUGAAGAUUGUGGAAAUGUACAACAUAGAUGAAGGCAAAUGGAAGAAGAGGAAUUCCUUGCGGGAAUCCUCUAUGGGAAUCUCUGUGUCGGUAAAAGAUUACAGAAUCUAUGCAGCAGGUGGAAUGGGAGUAGAUCUGCGCCCUCACAAUUAUAUGCAGCAUUAUGACAUGUUGAAGGACAUUUGGGUGUCACUGGCAAACAUGCCCACACCCAGGUAUGCUGCCACCUCCUUCUUGCGGGGCACAAAGAUCUAUGUGCUAGGUGGAAGGCAAUCCAAAUAUGCUGUGAAUGCCUUUGAAGUCUUUGACAUUGAAACUAGAUCAUGGACCAAAUUUCCCAGCAUCCCUAGCAAAAGGGCCUUUUCAAGCUUUGUGUGUACAGAGGAUAACAUCUUCAGCAUUGGAGGACUGCGACAGGGCCGGUUAUACCGUCAACCCAAAUUUAUGAAGAAUGUGGAUGUGUUUGACAUUGAGCAAGGCGGUUGGAUGAAAAUUGAACGAUCUUCCUUCCUGAAGAAGCGGAGAGCAGAUUUCGUAGCUGGCUACUUGAAAGGAAGAAUCAUUGUAGCUGGAGGACUAGGAAAUCAGCCAAAUGUUCUGGAGUCAGCUGAGGCCUUUCACCCUGUUAAGAACAAGUGGGAGUACCUGCCUCCAAUGCCCACCCCACGAUGUGCCUGUUCCAACAUUGUGGUAAAAAAUUGCCUUCUGGCUGUAGGUGGAGUGAACCAGGGCCUGAGCAAUGCUGUGGAAGCGCUCUAUGUGUCUGACUCCUAGCUGGGCCUUCUCCACUCCCUCCAGCAAAAGAGGGACCUACAUUAGUACCCAAGAAAGUGAUAGCUCUGCAGCUCAGUGUGUUGGGCCAGCAACUACUACUCCACACAGGUGGACUUGGCACUGUUCCCUUAACCUUCCUCCUACUCAGCUGUUUUUAUUUAACCCUUUCACUGUGUAUUUUGGGAGUGUGGGGGUGGAUAGCUCCUUGUCCCUGCACAGAUACACAAUCUUGUGGCUCUGUAAUUAGCACAAAUGUUCCUUGUGAUGAAGUCACUUAUGCUGUUGAGCUCUACCACCUAAGAUGCCAAUAGCUGGCUCCCAGUGCCAACUCUGAAUAGCUAUGGAACAUGCUACCAGUAAACUUUCACAGGAUAAGAUGGGAUGCUUUGGCCAAGGACUAGCAAAGAGCAUCUUCUAUAAACUGAAAAGCCUUUUUGCCUUCCUCUGAAAUAUGUUCUACACGGUUGUUGAUCAGGUUCUUUCAAAUAUUAUUCACAUAUGGGAGCAAACUGAGAACUGCAUCCAAUGGAGCUUGCAUAGCCCAGUACUCUCUAAAAAGCCCCAGUGGUGCUGGUGAAUUGUAAUGUUUCAGUCCUGUAGGAAUCAACAGCAGUGCACAGCUCCAAAGUUUCCCUGCUGUUACAUUAGUCUUUAAGGCAUGCAGAGUUCAGUGCAUUUGGAUUGAAUUUCUAGGGAGCAUCCUAUCUGUGAGAGAGCAACAAGUGCUACGCUUUGAUUCAUAGCUUCUGCAAUUAGAGCACAUAUUGCUUUUGACAGAGGGCUGAUGGCUAAAAAGCAGUAGUUAAAGAGAUCAGUUUAUGUAGGGGAAUGCCUCUGUACCAGGGAUUUAGAUCGUGCUCCUUGCAAAUAGUAUUGUCUCUCAUAUACACAUUGCACAUUCUCUCUCUCUCUCUCUCUUUCUCUCUCUCUCUCUCUCUCACACACACACAAGUUUGUAUCCAGUGUUCAGACCAUUGUACACAAGGAACCAUUUGUAAAAUCUAGAUUCAGCUUAAUAUUCCCAUAAUUUGUGGAGCAAUAAUUUUGUGGGCUUUAGCACAUAACAGCUUUCACAUGUGCCCCAACAAAAAUGAGGGUACAGCUUCCCCUAGAGUUUUUAUUUCAUAUAUUGUUUUCUUAUUUAUUUUGGCUUGGGUACAGCCUCCCCUAGACACAGUGUGUAACAGACUUCCCUCUGCGAUACACCUCUGAAGAUGCCAGCCACAGAUGCAGGUGAAACGUUAGGAACAAGAUCCAUCAGACCACGGCCACACAUCUUGGAAAACCCACCAGAACCAGCCUCCCCUAGAGUUUUUAAUUCAUAUAUUGUUUUCUUAUUUACUUUGGCUCUGAAGUUGAAACUGUCACUUUGUCAUUCAACUGAUGUAUAAUAGAUCAUUUCAGUAUUAGUAAGUAGCACAAUUAAAUUCUAUAUUAAUAUGUUAUCUUGAAGCUCUUGCUACAGAGGGUUAACUUCCUGCUUUGAAUCAUGCACAUAAUGGACAUGCAUAAUGCACAUAGUGAGUGUGUCCAACAGUAUGAAAUCAGAUACAUUGUCCUUGCAUAGGGAAGUUCAUGUGUGAAUGCAAAAACUGACUGUCCCCAACUCAAUUCUCCACGACAUUCUUCCCAAUAGAUUCUGAAGAAAGCCCAAACAAAUGCCCUAAGUCCAGCUAAAACAAGACCAGAGUUUGUCAGGGUGUCAAACUCAAAUGUGUUAUAGGACCAUCUUCCCACACAGAAGAUGUGUAGGAGUUCCCAUUACUUUUCAUCCUGGAAAAUAUCAAUUUCACAUGAAUUCAAUAGCAAACAACCAGUUCCACUUAAAUUCUAAUAUUUGUCCUUGCUGUAUGGUGGUGAUCCUUGGACAAAGUGUUCUCACCUUCAAAAUGGCAAGGAUGUCAGAUUCUUGCAAUCACUAAUGAACUGGUUUAUUUGCCUUACUAAGGACACUGACCUAAGACUAUAGUUGGAUUUUAAAGUAUGAGAUGCUGCAUUAAUUUAUUAUGGAGCCUGUCUGGUAUGCUUGAACAAGAUCUUAUCUAAGAAGGCUGAGAUGUGAAUCCUGUUUUCAAAACUCCCCUGAAGAAGCCCCUUUUGGACAUUUCACCCAGCCACUGUCAGCUGUAUGCACACUGUUGUUACUUAUUUAAAACUGUUCCAUUUUGUGCUUUGUCAUGCUGGUCCCCAUCCUAGUUCACAUGAGAAAAACAGAUUCAGUGGGGCUGUGCUCAACAGUUAUAAUAUAUUAUAUUAUUAUCAAGCCAUGGUAGAAUAAUGAGGACUGGGUUCCCUGUAAAGUUGCUGUAGUGAUAAGAAAGGUACGCAAAACACAUCUUCAUCACUCAUGUUGGUAUGGUAAUAACAGUCGUGCUUUUUCAGGGAGCAACUUUCAUGUACAUUUGUUAAUAAAGUCCCCGGUCCCUGGGAAGAAAAUAGGAUUGAGCAUGUUAUAAUCGCAGACAUGUUGUGCCAAACAAGAUUUGGGGGCAUGGAAGGGGUAGAGGAAGCUGUAUGCCAGCUUAGCAAGAAGCAAUCUGGGGUGUAAACAGCCUAAGCUUCUUUCCUUCUUUUGGAAAGCCACUUGCUGUUUCUAAUGUGGUAUACAAAAGAAGGCUUUCCUCUUGCUGGCUGAUAGAGCUGUCUGCGCUAAUCCUCUGCCCAUACUGAGCUGGCAGAUUCAGCAGAUGACGCAAAUGCUGGCAGAGGGAGCCUCUGAAAAUCCAUUCCUGUGCUGAGUAACAACUCAGCAGGCAAAGCAUCCUCUUGCAUUCCCACUGUGAGCCAAUUCCACACAUUUCAGAAGGAAAGACACCUGCGAAGACACGAAAAACAAAUUGGGUAUAUUUAGCCUAUAGAAGGAAGAUUAAGGGCUGCUUUAUACACAUGACAUCUUCUCAUAUAGGAUCUUAUGAGAAAUGACUGCAUGAAGAUAGCUAUUUUGACUUUUGCCACUUGCUGGGGAAACCCACUGAUUGCUGUGGCUUCUUAUGUAUCAUCAUGUGUAUGAUUGUCACAUGUGACCAUCUCUGGGGAUGUUCCUGCAUCCAGUUACUCUUGAAUAGUGGAAAUUUUGUAUGUGGAAAUGUUCUCCUUAACAGGGGAAAGUGAUGGAUAUCUUCAAAUAUUUAGAUUGAUAAUAAAACAGAACAGGUAAACAGUAGGGUUUUUUUUCUUCCCCUGCAGUUUAGGAAAUUGGAAGAGAGCAAAAGAUUUCAGAAUAUUUAAAUUGAAAUAGGCUCUAUGACAGCACAACACAAAGCCACAUCUGAACUUUUUUCUGCCUCAUCAAGGAUUGAUUAAUAUCCCUCGUUUAAGCAACUUGCCCUUUGUUCCCUAGAAUACAAUUGAAGAUCCUUUAGGCUAUGUUUUGUAGUUGUAUAAAAUAUGAUAGAUACUCCUCUUUUCUUUUUCCAGACACCAAAGUCCUGGAGUGACCCCCCAUUUUAGAUGUAAUGAUCUUGUAGCAUCAUAAGUGUGGGCAGAGAUCAGCAAAACAUUAU